UCCGUGCAGGAGGAAGCGCAGCCGGCGGCAGAGCGGCCCCGGAGCCGGGCGGAGCCGCGCGGUCGGUGGGCAAUGCCAGCCAGGCCACGCUUGCUGACAAGGAGCAGGGAGAUGGAUCGUGGUGUCAGCCUGAAGAACCCCUACGCCAGCGUCAACAUCCCACGGGACCAGUUCCAGCAAAGCUUUAUCACUCGCUACCUGAAGGAUGAGCCCACCGUCAUUGCCAACCCUGCAGCUGUGCCCACCUAUGGCGUGGAGGAGCAGGUGGACCCCACUGGCAGCUGCAACAGCCCAACCAUUUCCACGGAGAAGUCCUGGUCCCAUCCCUACAACCCCUAUGCCAGCCUGAGGAUGCCCAACAGGGAAUCGCCCGACUCCUUCUACACCGUCACCCUGGACAAGCCGCCCAAGGGCCAGGAGUGCGAGGCCAGCAGGGGAUGCGGCUGCUGCAAGUUCUGCCCCUGCUGCAGAAAGUGCUGUUGUGUUAUCUCCUAAGGGCCCUGCUGCACCCGUGGGAUGUGCUGACCAUGGGAUUGGGUCAGGUGGCCCCAUGGGGACGUGGCUGCCCAGCCUGGGCACUCCAUGGAGCUGCCCUGGUGCCCAGCAGAGCUGGCAGCUGGGAGGUGGCACUGGCUGGACUCUGCCAUUGCUUUUCACCCCUGAGCUCUGCAGCCAGAUAUGCCGGUGAUGGGUACCUGCCAGGUCCUGAGAGCCCAUUCUGGGGCGUGGGGGAGGAGGACCAGUCCCCCUUGCCCAGCUGAGGCCCGGGAGCCUUGAGGAUGAUCUGUGCCAAUGCAGAUGCCACCGAGAAGUGCCUACACUGGGGAUGGGGCAGCACUUGGAGCCUGUGAUCCUGUACACUGACCCUGCCAGUCUGCCCUUGCUGGGAAACCUCCAACUCUCGGAAGGUACAGGCAUUGCCCACCUGACGGAGGGUAGGUUUGGAUGAUGGCAGCCCUGUGUGCGUGGCAGAGGAGCGCGUCGUCAUCGCUGUCUUGGAGUGGUGGAGACGAGCCAGGGACGUGCCCCCAGCCAGGAUGGGGACCCACCUCCCCAGAACUGAGCGGCCCCCCCACCCACAGCAUCAUGGGGAUGCUGCAGCACCCUGGGCCAAGCUCCAGCUGGGUACCGCUCCUCCUCGCCACACUGCCCAUGGGACAGAGGGAAGGAGACAGGAAGGACAGACAGAAAAAGCAUGGCAGAGUGCUGGGCAGUGGUGCAGGGCGGCAACUGAUGGCACAGCAUGGGUGUGGGUGUUAACAUCCCAGUGCCACGAUGCCCCUGGCCCCAUUCGGUUCCUCCUGCCAUGUUUGCAGGGCACUGGGCACAACCCCUCACCCCAUCCGCAUCCCAGCUUGGGGCUCCACACCGCCCUGGGGCAGGGUCCAGUGCAGAGGGCUGGCCCAGCUCCAACAGUGGGGUGGCACUGGGGCACCCCAUUUGGGAUGCAGAUCCCCAUGGUUCGCCUUCUGCAACCCCCUGGGCAUUGAGGAAGGUGAGUGAGGAGCCUGCUGGCCUCUUCGCAGCAUGCUGGGGUGGCUCCAGGCUGGGUUUUCGGCUGGGGCUGGCGCCGCCAACCUGGAACAAGCCCGCCGUUGUGUUGGCGUCCCACGGGCGGCCGUGCUGCCAGGCGGCAGCUGCGUAAGCACCGCGGCUGCUGCAGGAACUGCUUGGUCUGCAGGGGCAAGGGCUUGGCAAGAGCGCGUGUUUUAGCAGAUGACUUCAGGGUGCUGCAAAUAGAAUUACAGCCUUCUCCUC